GUCCGGAACGCUUCAUUUUGAUUCAACUAAUAUCACUUAGGGGGACACAGGUUCUGUUGACUCAUUUGGGUACUCCUACAAGUCUGUGUUGUCCGGACGGACCGCCUGGUUCAUUUCGGGUUCGGGAAUCGCAAAAGCAGCAUCAUGGCGUCCGGUGGCCCAAUGAUGAACGGGGACAUUUCUCGCUCUCCAGGUCAGUCUGGAACGCUGGAGGAGACGGUGCAGCAGAUGAACAACCUUAUUCAGGAGAACCGGGACCUUAAAGAGGCCCUGCGUCAGACCAACCUCACCAUGAAGGACAAAUUUGAGGGUUUGUCUGCUUGGAAGGAAAAGCAGCAACAUGAGAAGGAUUUCCUGGAGGAGCGCCUGCAGGAAGCUCGACGCUGCAUGGAGAAGCUGAACCUCCAAAACCAGGAGCUCAGCAGGAAGCUGGAGGCAGGAGGCGCCACAGGCGGAUGUCAGAGUGCAGAGGUGGAGGCACUGCGUGCCCAGGUCGCUCGCCUGCAGGCAGAGAAGAACGACCUGGUGGCUUUGAACUCGGAGCUGCAGCUGAAGGCGGAGCAGGGAUCCGAGGACGAUUCCUUCAUCGAGAUCAUCAGAGUGUCGGAUGCAGGGGUCGCAGAAGUGAACAGCACUUGCGGCUCAGAGCACAUAAGGCGUCCGGACCUCAGCAUGACGUCAUCGCGGCUGGAGAACGAGGAGGUGACGGUCAGCCAGCUGCUGCAGUCCCUGAGGAACGAGACGCAGAGAUGUGAGCGACUGGAGGCCGAGCUGAAGGCCUGCAACGCACGAAUCAAAGAAAUGGAGGAAAAGAACCAAGAAAUAGAGCAAAAAAUGAAAACGACUCAGACAGAGAGCAGAGAAGACGCUGCCAAGGAGAAGGCAGCGUCUGAGGUGGAGAACCUGAAGACUCAGGUGAUGACGCUCUUCAGGGACCUGCAGCAGGCCCAGAGCAAGCUGGAUGAGGCUGAAGGCAUGAAGAAGAACCUGCAGGACAGAUGUCGGGAGGUGGAGCAGGACGUGGCCACUCUGAAGGCUCAGCUGGUGGAGAAGCAGGCGGUGCAGGCGGAGAACGACCGGCUGAAGCUGCAGCUGGGGAGCCUGCAGGCCCAGAGCCAGAUGGAGCAGAAGAAGGCUGACGACGACAGGACCAACCUGGCUCAGCUGAAGGAUGCGUACACCAAACUGUUCGAGGAUUACAACGAGCUCAAAGAGGAGAAGAAGAGGAAAGAGUCCCACAUGGUGGAGAGGAACCUGGUGGAGGAUCUGCAGCAGCGGCUGAGCUCAGCAGAGGAGGCGCUGGUGAUCAAACAGAACAAGAUCGAUGAGAUGAAGCAGGAGAUGUUCCAGAAGGAGAAGGAGCUGGAAACCAUCUCUGUCUUCCAGGCUCAGGCAGAGGUCUACUCCUCAGACUUCUACGCAGAGCGAGCGGCGAGGGAGAAGCUCCACGAGGAGAGGGAGCGUCUGGCUGCUCAGCUGGAGUACGUGAAGAAGCAGAACACGCAGCUGCAGCAGGAGAUGGACUCACUGGGCCGGCGUUCGUUAAAUGAAAUGCAGCGCAGACACGGAUCUGCUGCUCCGAGUCCACGUGGACCUGACCCAAGUCUGGUAGGAAGAGGGGCCGACUGGACCCAGGAGAACAUUCCUGGACACGCCUGCCCCAAGUGCAACGAGAUCCACCCAGACCUGGACUCCCUGCAGAUCCACAUCAUGGACUGCAUCAACUAGACUCCCAGCUUCAGCAGCUUCGCCUGAGUCUUCCUCGCCUUCCACCCCCCCAUGCCCUCUUUUCACGAUACCAACUUCUCCGUUCAGUUUUUCUGGAACAGAUCUGUCUAAAGGGGCUUUAUUCAUCAAGCUAGCCUGAUUAUCUGCAUUAUUAAGCAGAGAGCAUCUUAAACCAAAUGAUGGUUUGUGAACGAUCCCAACACUCAAACACCUGGGCUUUAAUGAACAACAUAUUUCAAAUGUUUUUGUUUUUUUUAAAGUUCGAGUUUAAGUUUAGCAAAGAAAACCACUUUUCUUUUUCUUAGAACUAGUCAGAACAUCAUCAGAUGUUUAAUGACCCAUAAAUAGCAUCUCUGUCUUCUUUUGGAAGCACGCUGGAGGGAAAAUGCCAGCUGAUAACAGUUAGAAAAUACUGAAUAUUAAACAUCUUACUGCAGAAUUCAGCCGACUAGGUUUUGGUUUUCAUUUUACAUGCUUCCUCCUGUCCUGCUAACAUCUUCCUCACUAUGAAAGCCACUGAGCUUUGCAAAGCAAAGCAGAGGGAACCUUUAUGUCAGAGGUCCGCAUGUAAACGUAUAUAUUUAUAUAUAUAUAU